CACACACCCCCACGCACUCAUAUCUCUCUCAUCUCGGCAAGAUCCGCAAGAGGAACCUGUGGUAGUCGUUGUUGUGUCAGGUGGUGUGCUAUUCUUCUUCUUGGCAAUGGAAACUCCAUCCUCCACGAGAAGGGUCACAAGAUCUCAGGCCGCCGCCGCAGCCGCCAACUCCCACCGCACAGAGAAGAGCAAGCAUGAGGAGUGGCACCCGAGACCAAGAAACGGAGGGGAUCGCGCAGCGCUUCUCGACAUCACCAAUGACUCGCCCGUGGUAGGGCUCGCGACCGGGUGCUUCCUGGUCGAGAAGACGCCCUCCUCGUCGGCGGUCAAGAGCCGGGUCAUAGCCAGGAGGACCCCCGGGUCGGGCGAGGAGGUGCUCCGGGGCCAGGUGCGGACGCUGCUGCAGAAGGUUGAGGAAGACACAGAACUCGUGAAUAAGCUUCCUUUUGGACAUCCGCCACCACCACCCCCGCAGCGCUUCCCUUCCCUCCUGGGACUCUCAAGAUCUCCGAUUCAUCUUCUCGCCCCGACGCCAGCCAAUACGCCACAAAUCCCCAACAUGAACUGCUCGAAAGAAGGCUAUACUUCGACGGGGUUUGCAUCACCCUGUGUUGUGCCUGUAGAAGACGACCAUCCGAAGGUUGUGGCAGCACUCAAUCGAGAGGAAGCCCACCCUCAAGAAUGCCUGAUCAACCGGGCACUGAUGUUCGACUCGCCUGAGAAAUCAGACAUGUCAGACAUCUCGACGAUCUCUUCGUCGCUGACAUUCCAAUGCAGCAGCCAAAGCAGUCGCCAGGAGGCGUCUCCCGACGAUGAUGACAACUCCAUCUGGUCCGUUCAGGUUCAUGCGAGUGCCAACUCCGACCGCGACCACCACGAGCUGCUUGAAGAAGAAGAAGAAGAAGAAGAAGAAGAAGGCAUCGAUUCCAAAGUAACGGAAGCAGCAGAAGAAGAAGAGGAAGAGGGCGAAGCAAACGACGAAGAGUUGCUGGGCGACUUGUGCGAAGGUAUGAAGAAGAUGUCGAUGCUGGAUGACGAGCCAAGGUUGCUCGAGUUCACAGGGAAGCACACGAGAUUCAUCUACAACAGCGACGAUGAGAUGGAAGGAGAAGAGGAAGCGAUGGGUGGAGCGGCGGUGUCACCGAGCGUGUUGGUGUUGAAGGGCCUCCCUGCGCCGCAGGGGAAGCACCUGCGGUUCAAGGAGGAAGACGACUAAGGGCAGUGCUGCCGUUGCAUUUUGGUUGUCUUUCUGUGACACCAUUUUUCUGUCUGUUUCUCUACGAUGUCACCAUCUUCAUCUUCUUUUCUGUCAUGAAAAAUCUGGAUGGAGAACGAUCAUAUUUUCUGAAUAAAUCAACUCAGAAUUUGCAAGA